AUGUCAUUGUUUAGCUGUCGACCGAGGCUUGUCGCCAAGGCCGUCAUUAAGCCAUCAACAUCGCUCUUCCGAUGUGCUUUUACACGUGCACCUUUUCAAUGGCAGGACCCAUUGAACAUGCAGGAGGUCCUGACCGACGAGGAGCGGCUUCAGCCAAGAAUUCUCGAUGCUUAUCGCUCUGAGAACUACGACCGCAAGAUUCUUGAGGAGAUGGGAGAGCUGGGUCUCCUAGGUCCUACCAUUGACGGAUACGGGUGCGCUGGAGUCAGCAGCGUCGCCGCUGGCCUCAUCACCCGUGAGGUUGAGAAGCUUGAGAAGCUAGCACGCGGCAAGCUUAUUAGCUGCUUCGGUCUUACUGAGCCUAACCACGGUUCCGAUCCUGGCUCUCUGGAGACAACUGCCGUUCCCCAUCCCACCAAGAAGGACGCAUACAUCCUCAACGGCGCCAAGACUUGGAUCACAAACUCCCCCAUCGCAGACAUCCUCCUAGUUUGGGCCAAGCUCGAUGGUGUCAUCCGCGGUUUCGUCAUUCAGCGUGACCAGUGCGCUCCUGGAACCCUAGAGACCCCUACCAUCAAGGAUAAGAACGGUCUUCGUGCUUCCAUCACUGGUAUGAUCCAGAUGGACGGUUGUGUUGUUCCUGCCGCCAACGUGCUUCCCAACGUUACUGGUCUCAAGGGCCCCUUUGGCUGCCUCAACUCAGCUCGCUACGGCAUCGCAUGGGGAACUAUUGGUGCCCUUGAAGACCGUCUUGACCGUGCACGAACCUAUACUCUCGAACCAAAGCAGUUCAACAAGCCUCUCGCCCAGUUCCAGCUCAUUCGGAAGAAGCUUGCCGACGCCUCGACAGACGCCGCUUUUGGUCUCCAGGCUGCCCUGCAAGUUGGCCGUCUGAAGGACAAGGGUCUUGCGGCCCCUGAGAUGAUUUCAAUGAUUAAGAGGCAGAACUGUGACCGCGCUCUAUCCGGUGCUCGCACGUUGCAGGAGGUCUUUGGUGGCAACGUUGCAAGCGAUGAGUACCACAUUGGACGUCACGUUGCCAACCUUUUCGUUACACAGAAGUAUGAGGGACAGAGCGAUGCUCACGCGCUGGUCCUCGGACGUUCAAUUACUGGCUUGCAGGCCUUCUUUUGA